AUGUAAAAUUGCGAGUGAGACAAUUAAGUCAAUCGUUGAAAUCUAAACUGCUUUGGAUGACGGAUAAAUUCAUGACAAACUCCUCUAUAUAGAGAUUUGUUAUAAUAAACAAAGAGCAAAAAGACGAUCCUUUUUGUGUUUCACUGUGUCACCUUGCAAAACUCCCCAAAAGUUUAACCUAGCACCAGCUACUGGUAAUUCAGAUUCCAUGGAUUCCAAUAAUCAGGAUUCUCAACCCUCUCUCGACACUACUGAUUGGAGAACUCAACUGAAUUCUGAAUCGCGUCAAAGAAUUGUCAACAAAAUAAUGGACACAUUAAAAAAACAUCUUCCCGUUUCUGGGACUGAGGGAUUACUUGAACUUCGGAAGAUUGCUCAAAGGUUUGAAGAUAAGAUUUAUUAUGCUGCCACAAGCCAGACUGAUUAUCUUCGGAAGAUUUCUAUUAAAAUGCUUACAAUGGAGACCAAAUCUCAAAGCACCAUUGCCAGCAAUAUGAUAUCAAAUGAAGGAGGUCCUAGCAAUAAUCUGCCCGAUCAAGAACUUGUUUUACAGUCUCAAGUUCUUGAUCCAGGACAACAACAUCCUAAUCCUCAUCAGCAGCUUCUACCCCAAAUCAUUCAAAAUCAUGUUGCGCCUCAACCUAACCUGCCAUCGGUAUCAACUCUAUCCCAGACUCCCAGCCAAAAUAUUAGCCAAAAUAUUAGCCAAAAUUCCAACACACAACAACCUGGGCAAAAUUCUGGGAGUAGUUCUAUUGGCCAGAAUUCCAAUAUAAAGGGUAUGUUUCCUGGUUCUCAGAGACAAAUGCCACGUACGCAGAAAGUUGUACCCCCAGAGCACCAGCAACACCAACAACCACCGAAUCAACAGAUUCUUUACCUGCAGCAGCAACAGUUUAUGAAGCAUAAGCUGUUUCAGAUGCAGCAACAACAACAGCAGAAUCUUCUGCAACCAAAUCAGUUGAAUACCUCUCAACAAUCUGUUAUGCAAACAUCAUCUACUAUGCAGCCUUUGAAGAUGCAAUCGUAUCUACCUAGCCUUCAACAAAAUCAGCAGUCUAACAAUGUUCAGUCAACACAGGAUAUGAAGCAUAUGCUAUCUCAGAUGCAGCAACAAAAUCCAAAUCAGCAGCAAUCGGUUCUAUCCAUCCUUCAACAAAAUCAGAAGUCUAACAAUUUUCAGCCAACACAUGAUAUGAAGUAUAUGCUAUCUCAGAUGCAACAACAAAAACAAAAUCAGAAGCAACCGUUUCUAUCUAUCUUUCAACAAAAUCAGCAGUCUAACAAUGUUCAACAGUCAACACUGGAUAUGAAGCAUAUGCUAUCUCAGAUGCAGCAACAACAAAAUCAACAGCAAUCGUUUAUAUCUAGCCUUCAACAAAAUCAGCAGUCUAACAAUGUUCAACAGUCAGCACAGGCUAUGAAGCAUAUGCUAUCUCAGAUGCAGCAACAACAACAGCAGAACCUUCUGCAACUAAAUCAGUUGAUUACCUCUCAACAAUUAGUUAUGCAAACAUCAUCUGCUAUGCAGCAUUUGACAAUGCAGCAACAAUUGCAACACAAUGCAUUAAAGUUUCCAUCUCAGUCGCAGCCACAGGCUUCACAGCAGCAAUUAAUGUCGCAGAUUCACAAUCAGCCUGCACAGAUGUUACAGCAAAUGGGUUUGCAGCAGCAGCCAGGUUCUUUGCAACGAGAUAUGCAGCGAAAUCUUCAAGCAUCAGGGUCCUUACAUCAACAGCAAAGUGUUCUUGAUCAGCAAAAACAAGUAUAUCAAUCCCAAAGAGCUCUUCCUGAAUCAUCCACAACUUCUGUAGAUUCUACAACACAGACUGAACAACUAAGUGGGGCUGAUUGGCAAGAAGAAUUAUACCAAAAGUUGCAAACCAUGAAAGAAAAUUACUUGCCAGAUCUGAAUGAAAUAUUCCAACUAACUGCCAUGAGAUUUCAGCAGUAUGAAUCUACUCAACAGCCAAAGUCAGAUCAGGUGGAAAAGUUGAGGCCAUAUAAAAUAAUGUUGGAACGCAUGAUAUUAUUCCUUCAACUUCCUAAGAACAGCAUUACGGUUAGUUUCAAGGAAAAAUUUGGAGCAUAUGAAAAUCAGAUUGUAAAUCUCAUAACUAUGUUUAGGACUAGGAAAGGCAUCUUGUCCUUGCAACCCGAACAGCUUCCCCCAACUCAUAUGUCUUUGAUGCCACAGUCACAAUCUCAAGUUACUUCUGUACAGUCUCAUGAAAAUCAAAUGAUCUCUCAGACGCAGCCAUCAAACUUACAAGGUUCUGCAGCAACUAUACAGCAGAACAAUGCUGCGAGCUUGCAGCACAAUUCUAUGUCUGGUUUGUCAACAACACAACAAAAUGUGUUGAAUACAAUUCAACCAAGUAAUAAUAUAGACGCUGGACAAGGAAACUCUGCAAACUCUCUGCAACAGGUUCCCUUGAUGCUGAGUCAGCAGAUCCUACAGCAGCAACAGCAGCUACACCAGCUGUCUAGACAACUGCAAUAUUUUACCUCAGUUCAAAACUCAGCUUAUUCCCAUCAACAAUUGAAACGAAUGAAUCCUUUUCAGGUUGCUUCACCCCAACUUUUUCAGGCUGUGUCUCCUCAAAUUCCGCAACACUCAUCUUCGCAACACUCAUCUUCCCAAGUUGACCAACAAACUCAUCAACAUUCUCUAGCAAAAGUUGCAACACCUAUGCAAUCUUCUGACUCACAUUUUGUGCUAGUAGAUUCUGAGAAGCUCGUUCAUGGUGUUUCGUCAUCAAGUGCUGCCAAUGUUGGGCAACAUGCAUUCAGUGGUCUAGAUGAUGCCUAUUUUAAUGCUUUCACAAAUACUUCUGGAAAAGAUUUCGGGAAAGAAUUUGGAAAAGAACUUUUGAAAGAGACAAGUUCAAAAAAGAUUGAGAAGUUGAAGAAGGAGGUUGAGAGUGUCAAGAUGACGAUGAAGUUACUCAUCCUAGUUCUUAUUUGGUUUUGUGUUUUUUUUGUUUUAUUUUAUAAAUGUAUGUAACAAAUGGAGGGAAACCAUGAAUGGAAUUUCCAUGUGCAAUGCAAUUUGAUGUUGAAUGUAUUUUGAUAUUAAAUGUAACUUGAUGUUCAAUAAAAGACCUAUAUGACUGUUGGUAAAUAUAUGUUUGAGUUUUUUAAUGUA